AUGUCGAGCUCAGGCACAGGCUUUCUCGGCCGCUCGAGUAGCAGCAAUGCUAAUAUGCGUGGACUGGUUCAGUUCAUUGCUGAUCUCAGAAAUGCGAGAGCGCGUGAACUCGAGGAAAAGCGAAUCAAUAAGGAGCUGGCCAAUAUUCGACAGAAGUUCAAGGACGGCAGUCUCAGCGGUUAUCACAAGAAGAAAUAUGUCUGCAAGUUGCUCUAUAUUUACAUACUGGGCUGGAAUGUCGAUUUUGGACACCUCGAGGCUGUGAAUUUGAUCUCAGCAAACAAAUACUCAGAGAAGCAGAUAGGUUAUCUGGCCAUGACACUCUUUCUCCAUGAAAAGCACGAGCUUCUGCACCUUGUCGUCAACAGCAUCCGCAAGGACCUACUCGACCAUAAUGAGCUUUUCAAUUGUCUUGCUCUUCAUGCGAUUGCCAAUGUUGGAAGUCGAGAGAUGGGCGAGGCCUUGAAUGGAGAGGUUCAUAGACUCCUGAUUUCGCCUACUUCAAAAUCGUUCGUCAAGAAGAAGGCCGCUCUGACGCUCCUCCGAUUAUACCGCAAGCACCCAGAUAUCGUAUCGCCGCAAUGGGCGGAGCGCAUUAUCCACCUUAUGGAUGACUCUGACCUCGGCGUUGCACUUUCUGUCACAUCACUGGUCAUGACAUUAGCUCAAGAUAAUCUAGAGCAAUACAAGGGAGCGUAUGCCAAAGCAGCAGCUCGUCUGAAGCGAAUUCUUAUCGACGGCGAAUAUACGACCGAUUACCUUUACUACAAAGUCCCCUGCCCCUGGCUGCAGAUCAAAUUGCUUCGUCUUCUGCAGUACUUUCCACCUGCAGAGGAUACUCAUGUUCGGGAAAUGAUUCGCGAGUCCCUGCAAAAGAUCCUGAACCUAGCCAUGGAGACCAAUAAGAACGUUCAACAGAACAACGCUCAAAAUGCCGUGCUCUUUGAAGCCAUCAACCUCAUCAUCCACCUAGACACUGAGCAUGGUCUGAUGAAGCAAAUUUCAACGAGGCUGGGCAAAUUUAUCCAGAGCCGGGAGACCAAUGUCAGAUAUCUGGGCUUGGAAGCUAUGACACAUCUGGCUGCACGCGCUGAAACUCUGGACCCCAUUAAGCAACACCAGGAAAUCAUUCUUGGCUCGCUCAAAGAUCGAGAUAUCAGUGUUCGUCGUAAGGGUCUGGACUUGCUCUACAGCAUGUGUGACGCCACAAAUGCUCAAGUCAUCGUUGGUGAGCUACUGCACUACCUACAGAAUGCCGACUUUGCUAUCCGAGAAGAAAUGGUCCUUAAGAUUGCCAUUCUUACGGAAAAGUACGCUACUGAUGUGCAGUGGUACGUCGAUAUCUCCCUCAGACUUAUCGCCAUGGCUGGAGACCAUGUCAGCGAUGAGGUAUGGCAGCGAGUCAUUCAAAUCGUGACGAACAACGAGGAGCUACAGGUUUACGCAGCUCAAAAUGCGCUACAAUAUGUCAAGGGCGACCACUGCCACGAGACUCUGGUCAAAAUUGGCGCCUAUAUAUUGGGAGAGUUUGGUCAUUUGGUUGCUGACCAGCCUCGCUGUAGCCCUAUUGAGCAGUUUAUGGCUCUUCAGGGCAAGCUGACGGCAUGCUCUUCGAGUACCCGUGCCAUGAUUCUCUCAUGCUUUGUCAAAUAUGUCAACUUGUUCCCGGAAAUCAAGCCUCAGCUUAUCCAUGUGUUUGAGUUUCACAGCCACAAUCUGGACUCCGAGCUUCAGCAGAGAGCUUGCGAAUACUUGACUCUUGUGAAUAUGCCAACGGAUGACCUCCUCCGAACAGUUUGCGACGAGAUGCCUCCUUUCCCUGAACGGCAGUCUGCACUUCUCUCGAGACUACACCAGAAACAUGCUAAUACGAGUGACCGACGGACCUGGGUAGUGGGAGGAAAGGAUGCCAACGCGGACGCUCGGGAACUCAGCAUGGGUACUGGAGCACUCAAGAGGACUUUCAGCUCGAAUGUCCCACUGAACGGCAAACCAAAUGGCCAGGCUGCAACUGGUACAAAUGGUCAUGGCAAUGGAGUUGCCGAUUUGGCUGGGCUUGACCUCAACGCACCCACACCAUCUGAGCCAAAGAUGCUCAAGGCCCCUAACUUGGCCAGUGCAGCUCAUUUGUCACCCGGAUGGGAGCAAGGAUUCAACAGACUUCUUGUUAGAUCAGAUGGCGUUCUAUACGAAGAUGGCCAGUUACAAAUUGGUGUUCGAUCGGAAUAUCGUGGCCAGAUGGCUUGCUUGAUCACAUAUUUUAAGAACAAGACACCAGCAACUAUCAGUUCCUUCACAACGACAUUGGAUCUAGACGAGAAUGAGAAGGAGAACCUUACCUGGGACGUCAAAAACCUCCCUGAUAGUACCAUUGUGCAAGGUGGGCAGUCCCAGCAAGUUGUUAUGUUCGAAGCAAAGAAGAUUUUCGAGAAGAGUCCGACUGUACGCAUCAGUUACCUGGCAGGUGCACUACAGGCACUUACUCUGAAGCUUCCCGUGUCUAUACACAAAUUCAUGGACCCGGCAGAGUUGACUGCUGAGGACUUUUUCAAGAGAUGGAAGCAGAUUGGAGGUGCCCCCCGGGAGGCGCAGGCCAUUUUCGGAGUCAGUGGUAAGGGCGACAGAGAAAUCACAGAGAGCUUCGUUACAAAGACAGUCGAGGGCUUCAGAUGGCGUGUGCUGGACAUGGUUGACCCUAACCCCAAGAACGUUGUUGGUGCGAGCGUGCUCCACACAUCUCAAGGAGGCAAGUUUGGUUGUCUUAUGAGAUUGGAACCAAACUACGGACAACAGAUGAUUCGAUUGACUGUCCGUGCCACAGAUGAUUCCGUGCCAGCGGUCUUGCUGAAGUAUAUGCAAGAACGCCUUGCUGCAGGAAUCUCAACGGGGCCGGAUCGAUUUGAGCCACCUUCACGGGAGCAGAUUUCGGAUUCUUUCCGUAAUGUGAUGGUGACUUGA